GAAAGAAAUAGUUUCAAUUUUAUCCGAUAAUCAUUUUUUGGCGCUAUUCGUUUGGCCUCGCUGGGACAUUUGGCGGCAAAAUUCACGGAAAAAUCAAGUCACAGAGAACAUAAUUUGGAGCCAUGCUUAAGGGCUGGAUUUCAUCCGUGACUUCUAAGAUCUCAAGGGCGUUAGGUGGUGCUCAUGAUGCCGAAUAUGUAAGUGAGGAAGAUAUCAACACCUCGUCUGAAAUCGAGCACAUUGAGGAGGGGGAGCUAGCAGAACAAGUCCAAGAUACUGACCCUAAGGAUGAGACCCCCGAGGGUGGUACCGAUGGGCAGGGUUCGGGGGACCAGGAGGCAGUGGACAGCAGGAACAUUCCCCCCGUCUGUCAAAACACAUCGGGCACCUGUGUAGACAUUGGACCGGAGGAGUUGAUGGAUUUACCAGAGGACCAGGGAACAGGGUCAUUUAUAGUGGUGAAGGACAACAGUGAAGGGAGUCCAACCAAGAUCAUGGAUUCCUCGGGCAGCAUCGAGGUAAUACAUCCGGAGGACCAGGAUCUGACUGGGAGUCAAAAAGAACAACCAAGCUCAGAGCUCUCAGGGAGUAGCAGAGAACAGCCUAGCUCGGCUGUGAUGGACAGCAUUGUAAUUGUACAAGAGGAAGGCAAAGGUCAUUCUGAGCCUCAUUGUGGAAGUGACCCAGAGCUGACUGCUGCCAUGAUGGAAUCUGUGUGCCGAGAUCUGGAAAAUAACGACUUGGAUAAAAUGAGUGACGAAAUUAGGGAUGACUGUAAUACUGGGGUUUUGGAAAGGACAGAGGAGUCUGAUGAGCAAAGUAGAGAGGGUGAAGUAAAGGAAUUGGGAAAGUCCAGGAAGGAAUCGGAGGUUCAAGAGGCCAGCAUGUACUUGUCAGAAGAGGAACGCUCCAGGAAGGAAUCGGAAAUCCAGGAAGCGUCCAUGUUUUUGUCAGAAGAGGAUACGUCCUUGAGGAAGGAGAGUGUGUCUGUAAUGGAGGAUCAGAGUGAAGGGGCUGGGACUGUAGAGGAAAGCUUUGAGCAGGCACAGUUUGCUUUAAAGAAAAAGGAAGAAGUGGGAAAACAAGAAGAUAAAAGCAUUACUGUCCCCUCUGUCACCACCACUGAUUUUGAGCCACAGAAACCAGAGAGAGGGGAGAAGAAACCACAGAUUGCAGAAACAGAGAAUUACCUGGACUUCGUUCAGCAGAUGACAGAGAAGGGCGAGUUGGUCCAAGCAAAGGACCUCAUUUAUAAACUGGGUCUCCUGAAUGUUGACCAGAAACUCAUCGAGAAGGCCAUCCUGGACCAGUACAAGAUAGCUGUGCAACGCAAGUACUCUAUUUGGAUCAAUCACUGUAGAUUCCAUGCAGAGCUGCUCUUCUCUCCUCCUUGGAUAGCAGAUCAUUUGCCAAGACUUGGAAGCAACAGUUCCAAAGAAAAGAAAAAAUGGCAGAGUAGAAAUGAAAAAAGAGCUAGAAGAUGGCAGAAAGAGUCUAGUGGCAUGUGUCGAGAUGUUCGACUGAAAAAUGAUCCAUCAAUAGAAGUGGUCAGAGAAAACGCUGCUGACAACAAGGUUGAUGGGGAUGAUCAAAAUGGCGGGGACUUUCAUAGUGAAAAGGAGGAGGUCAAUGCCAUUUCAGAUGGGGUUAAGGAAGGAAAAGUUGAACUUGGAGAUGGUGAAGAAAGUGAAGAAAAAUGUAGUGCUCAGUUGGAAGAACCAUCAAAUAAGGACAAAAAUAGUGAAAGGGAGACAGACAGUGCUAAAGAAGAUGGUGCUAAACUUAACAAUGAACAUAAAAUCGGGGACAGUUUCAGUGAGAAAGAAAGAAAUGAAAGAAGAGAUAAACCCAAAGAAAUUCCUAAAGCAAAAGCCAAAGAAGAGAAUUGCAAACAAAGCCAUGAGAGAGGAGGUGGUGCUUGUGAUAAGCAGUUGGAGUGUGCAAUGCCCAGGAAGAAGUUGUCUCCGUGUAAGAAAGGGAAGACUGUGAAAGCUAGGGGGAUAGACAUUACUGUAGCAAGAAGGGAAGGAGUGGAGACGGACAAAAAGGACUCUGGUUCCCAUCAUGGAAGAGAGAGAAGAAAGUCAGACUUGUACGACAAGAGAAAGGAUCGGCUAGAUGACAGUGUGGCAAGGGAUUCCAAGAAACCCAAAACAGAACAGGAUUCUACUGAAGGAAAGUUGGAGCAGGGAGAUGAAGAAAGUAAGGUGGAGAAUCAACUUCUGGCCAAGGAAGUGGAAGAGUAUGCUAAAGAAAUCAUCCAGUCCAGCAUCAAUGCACUUUCUCUUGAGGAGAGCUCCGUUUCAGCUGAAACAAAGUUAGCUGAUCAGAAAGAUGCAGGUGUAGAUGAACCUGUGAUUAACACAGUGCCAAACCUUUCAGAGUUGUGUAGGAGUUCAAAAGUGUCUUCAGAAGAAGGAAAACUCAGGAUUGAAAAAGAAACUUAUGACGAAUGCUGCGAACCAUCCAGUUCUGAUUAUGUGUCUGCUUCAGUUAUACCUGAGACAGAUGUCCCACAGGCUUUGUUUGAUUGCAAGGCAGAAAAUAUGGUUUCCAUUCUUUUAAGAUUUUCAGAAGCAGACACUGAUGUUAGUCCGUUUCUAAGGAAAGAUUCAGGAAAGGAAAUGCUGACCUCUGCUUUUGAGUCUUCACCUAUAGAGGCAAAAAUUGCAGGCUCACCAUCAUCAGAGAAGGAGAGAUGUGACGUUUUUGAGGAGAGUGGUGAUGACAUUAAAACAAAGAAUUUUAUUGAGCCUGAAGUGAGCAGCCUUCCAGGAGCUUUGUUGGUAAGUCCUGACUGUGUGAUGACGCCAAAGUUUGAAGUUCCCCCAAACACCCCAGCAUCUGGAUAUGCAGAAAAACUUCAGCCGUCGAUGGUAAAGAACAUAAAUCUGAUUCAAAACAAAGCCAAGCUGGAGAAAGAAGUGGCUGAUUUGUUGUCCGGACUGACUAUGAAGCUUCACCAUCCGGUUGGAUCUGGUCUAGAGGAAUUUAAAUCUGAGGAAUCAAAACUUGAUGAAGGCAAGAAAAAAGAAUCAAGCCCAGAGCAAAAGGACAAAAAGGAGACCUGUGAUGAGAAUCCAGAUUCAUCCACAAGUAUCCAGACAUCAGACAGUGCCAUCAUAUCUGCCAAUAGCUCGCCUAGUCACGAUCUCUGUGUGGAGGAGAUGGAGAAGUUAGACCUGUGUGUGAAGCAAAACCUCAGUUUAGCAGAGGAAGGGAGAUGUAGUCCAGAGGAGUACCUGUCCAUGUUACAACAGGUGCUUCCAAACGUUACUUCCAUCACCAAGCUCAAACCUGGCCAGCAGGAGGAUGGUGUACAGUGUGGAGUGGUGUCAUCCAGCACCCACACAGAGUGGCCUCCAGAGAACGGGGCUUCAGUGAGGGAGGGUACCACCCAGAUCAUGUGUAGGUCAGUUGCUGAGGUGGUGAACAUGUGUGAUUUGUCUGUAGCUGAGAAUGUGGAGUUUCCUUGUAAGCUUCACACAGAGGAGGAGAAUGAUGUAUGUGUGAGACAGUCUGGUGAAGUAGUGGAGGAAGAGUGUACAGAUCAGGAUGAGUCUUGUUUCUCCAAGGAUGAUCUGGAUUUGGAGGACGUGGGUAUGAAUAGAGCAGGGGAUCAACAUAACUACUGUCUGAGUCAAAGUGAUGGAGCAAGGUUGAUCAGAUAUACACAUGGAAAUAUUCCUCAGGGAUCUGUGACCAGUGCUACAAAGAAACGCUGUAACUCUGCAAAGUCUUCUGUUUCUAAGAGUCUUGAAAACGAAGCACAAUUUACCAAGCUUAAGUUGUCCAAAACAUUGUCGAAAUCAGAAGAGAAGCUGAAGCAUGCUGUGAAACCUCCAUGGAACAGUAAUACCAAAGUGGAACAUGGGAAAGCGGGAAGUGUUACUCCAUCCAGAAUCCCGAAAGCCUGCAAGAGCAAGACAGGCAGUCAGUCUAGUUUAAAACAGACACAGGAUAAGUCCAAGUCUUUGGAAACAAAGACAGAAAAGAUUGAUAAAGAAAUGGGUGGUGAAGUCUGCUCUGGUGAUUCACUUCAAGAAGUUGGGAAUGAAAAGAAACAUCAUCGUGCCAAUAACAAGAGUACAAGUACAAUGGAAGAUGUCAAAUCAAAGGAUGUUCAUCAGAAACAUCAGUCUGUAGCUCAGAGAUCGGACAGCUCAGAAAAAAGAAAAAACCCAGAGCAAGCCCAGAAGGUGUUGUCUGAAAUCGAGAAAGGUAGAUGUCAAAUGGAUCAAGUGGAGAAAGCUGAAAGCGCCAAAGCAGACUCCAGUGUGCAACCCAUCCCAACAAGUGGAGGAGAGGAGAACAAAGAACCCAGUGCUGCAGACUCCACCAAAGCUCCACCCAAGUGGAAGAGCAAGAACGCCAAAAAGGGCAAAGGUCGGCAGAAGAAUCGUUGGUGAAAUAGUGGAGAAAAGCAUUUCGGUUGUUAUUGUGUAUUAUUUAUGAUUUUGAACUACUUUUCAACCCUUUUUUCAGUCAGUAUUAUGCAUAAUAAAUUCAGGGACAAUUUUGUAUGAAUACAAGUUUUUGUAGAAAGCUUUUUUUGUUAGUAAAAUUAGUUUUUGCAAAAAU